AUGAAUCACUGCUGCAUCGCAUCUGGCAACUUGUACCAUUUUGGCCAGCACUGGAAGAACAAGAAGAAGAAGAAGAAGAAGAAGAAGAAGAAGAAGAAGAAGAAGAAGAAGGAAAAGAAGACAACGUCGGCACUAGCGUUGAGACUCCUAUUGAAGACUGGUCGUCAUCGUAGACUGGUGCUGGCAGGGCUGGUCCCUGAUGCAACGCGACCUCGGGCUGAAUUAUAG